GCUCGGUGCACUGCUCGCAACCUGACCUGAGUUCAGAAGCCCCCAACCAUGUUUCAGGCUGGGAUUGUGGCGUGGGCAACCUGCAUUGCCGAGAUCUUGGCUGCGGCAGUGGCAGCGACGGCGGUGAUCGAUGGCAUUGGUGUAAACUGGGGGACCCUGAUGUCACACCCGAUGGACCCGGCCAUGGUGGUUCAGAUGCUCAAGGGUAACAGGAUCAACCAGGUGAAGCUGUUCGAUGCCGACCCUUGGAUUGUGAAUGCCUUGGCCGGGACCGGGAUCGAGGUCAUGCUCGCUAUUCCGAAUGACCACUUGGGUGAUAUGGGCAGCAACUAUGAGAACGCCAAGGAGUGGGUCAAGCAGAAUGUCAUCAAGUAUGAUCACAAGGAUGGUGUCCAUAUUAAGUAUGUAGCCGUCGGCAACGAGCCCUUCCUCAAGAGUUACAAAGGCUCCUUCACGAGCACCACCUUCCCGGCACUCAAGAACAUCCAGAAAGCCCUCGACGAGGCCGGCGUCGGCAACCGGAUCAAGGCAACCAUCCCCCAAAAUGCCGACAUCUACUCCUCCCCUGUCAACAACUCCGUGCCCUCCGCCGGGAACUUCCGCAAAGACAUCCGCGCCCUCAUGACCAAAAUCGUCCGCUACCUCCACUCCAAAGGCUCCCCCUUCGUCGUCAACAUCUACCCCUACCUCAGCCUCUACCAGGACCCCAACUUCCCCGUCGACUUCGCCUUCUUCGACGGCAAGAGCCAACCGGUCGUCGAUGAAGGCCUCCAUAAUUACACCAACGUCUUCGACGCCAACUAUGACACCCUCGUCUGGUCCCUGAGGAAGGCCGGCGUGCCCAACAUGAAGAUAAUUGUCGGGGAGGUUGGCUGGCCGACCGACGGUGACGAGAAUGCGAACACGAAGCUCGCCAAGAGGUUCUACGAUGGAUUCUUGAAGAAGAUGGCCGGACAAGUCGGCACGCCGCUGAGGCCUGGAAAAAUGGAGGUCUACCUCUUCGGGUUGAUCGACGAGGACAUGAAGAGCGUCGUGCCAGGGAACUUCGAGCGGCACUGGGGAAUCUUUACGUACGACGGAAGGCCCAAGUUCGCGACGGACUUCACCGGGAAGGUGACGGAGAGGUAUCUGAUCGGAGCGACCGGAGUGCAGUAUCUGGCGGAGCGAUGGUGCGUCUUGGAUGAGAAGGCGGCGAAGAAGAAGUUAAAGCUGAUACCAUCGAGCGUGAAUUAUGCGUGUUCGACCGGCGACUGCACGCCGUUGGGUUACGGCUCGUCGUGCGAGGGGCUGAGCCUGUGGGGGAACAUAUCGUACGCGUUCAAUGCCUACUUCCAGACGAUGGACCAGGACGUGAGGGCUUGUGAUUUCCAAGGGCUGGGGAAGAUUACGACGGCGAAUCUAUCUCAGGGGCGCUGUCUGUUCCCCGUACAGAUCGUCAGUGCCGGAGAGAGGGCGGUGACCGUAAGUUUAGUGGUGGUGGCGGUGGCUGCUACGAUGCUUCUGUGA